AUGUGUCUGCGUACUACCGGAAAGUGCUGUGACUGUGUAUCUGUGGCUGUGCUGCCAGCCCUGCUGUGUUCCUGGUUCCCAAAGCUCCUCAGGUCCUGUAAUGCUGUUGAGCAGGAAAUGUCACUUGUCCAGAGGAAGAUGUCUGACCUUGAGUCGGUGUUGCAGCAGAAGGAUAUAGAGUUGAAGGCCUCUGAGACCCAGAGGACCAUCCUAGAACAGGAUCUGGCAACCUACAUCACAGAAUGCACUAGUCUAAAGCGCAGUUUGGAACAGGCUCGUAUGGAGGUGUCACAAGAGGACGACAAAGCUCUGGAGCUACUCCAUGACAUCCGGGAGCAGAGCAACAAGCUUCAAGAGAUCAAAGAGCAGGAAUAUCAUGCCCAGCUGGAGGAGAUGCGUGUCUCCAUACGACAGCUGGAGGAGGACCUGUCGGCUGCCCGUCGCCGUAGUGACCUGUACGAGUCUGAGCUGAAAGAUUCUCGGCAGACCAGCGAGGAAUUGAAGAGGAAGUCUGCGGACUACCAGCACAGGAUGCAGAAGGUCAAAGAGCAAGGCAAAGCAGAUACAGAGGAGACAAUCACCAAGAUGGAGAAGACCAGUGCUGAGCAGCAGACCAAGAUCCAAGAUCUUCAAGAGAAGCUUGCAAAGUCGUUAAAGGCCAGUGCUGAGGCUACAGACCUCCUUCAGAGUAUGAGGAUGGCCAAAGAGCGCAUGGAGCGAGAUCUGGAGAGGCUACAGCACAAAGAAGACUCCAGUGACAGCCUACGGAGACGCCUCCGUGAGACUGAGGAUGGCAGGAAGACUCUGGAGAACCAGGUGAAAAGGCUGGAGAUCGUCGAGCGUCGGGAGACGAAACUGAAGGAGGAGAUCCAGAGCAAGGCCCUGCAGAUUCAGCAGAUGGCAGAUAAGAUUCUGGCGCUGGAGGACAAUCUGAGAGAAACACAAUCCACGUCCCAACGGUUGGAGACUCAUCUGAAGCAGAAGGAGAAGCUUCAUGAAGACAAGAUAAAGGUGUUGGAGGCCCAGAUGAAGGCGGACAUGGCCGAUAAGGAGAUGCUGGAGUCCAGUCAGAGCAAUUAUGAGGAGGAGGUGCGGGAGAAGUGCAGCAUCAUCGGUGAACAGAAGGCGACCAUAAAUGCUAUGGACUCUAAGAUGAACAGCCUGGAGCAGAGAAUUGCUGAGCUGUCGGAGGCCAACAAACUGGCAGCCAACAGCAGUAUCUACACACAGAAAAACAUGAAAGCUCAGGAGGAGAUGAUCUCAGAGCUUCGCCAACAGAAGUUCUACCUGGAGUCUCAGGCUGGGAAGUUGGAGGCCCAGAAUGCCAAACUGGAGGAGCACCUGGAGAAAAUGAGUCAGCAGGAGCAAAGCAAUAAGAGCCGUGUGCUGGAGCAGGAAACUCGGCUGCGAGAGAUCGGGCUGGAGCACGAGGAACAGAAGAUGGAGAUUAAGCGCCAGGUGUCAGAUCUGACCCUGUCGCUGCAGGAGCGUGAAUCCCAGGUCAGCAAUCUGCAGGCAGCUCGCCACGCGCUUGAGAGCCAACUGCAGCAGGCCAAGACCGAGCUGGAGGAGACCACCGCGGAGGCUGAGGAGGAGAUCACUGUUCUCAGAGCACACAGAGAUGAGAUACAACGCAAGUUUGAUGUCUUGAGAGACAGCUGUGCGGUAAUCACAGAUCUGGAGGAGCAGCUGACCACACUGACUCUGGAGAAUGCCGAGCUGAACCGCCAGAACUUCUACCUGUCCAAGCAGCUGGAUGAGGCCUCCGACGACAGGGAGGACCGGCUGCAUCUCGGCCAGGAUGUGGACCGGCUGCGCCGGGAGGUGGCCGACCGGGAAAUGCACCUUAACAACCAGAAACAGAACCUGGAGACACUGAAGACCACAUGCACCAUGCUGGAGGAGCAGGUUCUGGAGCUGGAGACCCUGAAUGACGAGCUGCUGGAGAAGGAGAGACAGUGGGAGGCCUGGAGGGCAACACUAGAGGAGGAGAAGAACCAGGCUGAGAGGAGGACCAGGGACAUCCAGAGACUACUGGACACAGAGAAACAGAACAGGCUUCGUUCAGAGCAGCGCAGCUCUGAGUCUCGCCAAGCGGUGGAAAAGGCCGUUAAGGAGCACAAAGCUGAGAUCCUGGCCCUACAGCAGGCCCUCAAAGACCAGAAAGUUAAAGCGGAGAGCCUCGCCGACACUUUUAAUGAUCUGGAGAAGAAGCAUGCCAUGCUGGAGAUGAACGCCCUCAGUUUGCAGCAAAAGCUGGAGAGUGAGAGGGAUCUGAAACAGAGGCUGCUGGAGGAGCAAGAGAAACUGCAGCAGCAGAUGGAUGCCCAGAAGACCCACAUCUUCCGUCUGACCCAGGGGCUGCAGGACGCUCUGGACCAGACGGAUCUGCUGAAGACUGAAAGGACCGACCUGGACUACCAGCUGGAGAACAUCCAGGCUGUGUACUCCCAUGAGAAGGUGAAAAUGGAGGGGACCAUCACCCAGCAGACCAAGCUCAUAGACUUCCUCCAGGCCCAGGCUCAUGGGGGCUCCAAGAAGAAGAAGGGUCUGUUUGGGCGUCGUCGAGAGGAUCUGUUGGCUGCCAUGGCUGCCCAGGCCCAGCCGGUGCCUCUGCAAUACAGCGACAUGAAGAUCGCUCUGGACAAAGAGCGUUCUCGUUGCUCUGACCUGGAGGAUGCUCUGCAGAAAAUGAGAGCAGAGCUGCGAUCUCUGAGAGAGGAAGCGCUCCAGUAUAAGGAUCAUGGUAACUCUGCAAACCCGGCCUCGGCACGGCAGCAGAUGAUUAUAUCUGCCAUGGUGAAGUCUCCGGAGCACCAGCAGGGUCCGACCAACCUGGCACCCUCCAACUCCGAACGCAGGAAGGCGACUGCGACACCCGAGGAGAGAAGGAGGGUCACUUUUGAAAAGUUUAGCCGUCGCUUGAAGGACAGUCAGAGAGACCGAGAGAGGGAGAGAGAGAGGGUGGUGCACCACAACACCCCUCACCGCUUCACAGUGGGACUCAACAUGAGAGCUGCCAAGUGUACGGUGUGCCUGGAUACCGUGCACUUUGGUCGCCAGGCUGCUACCUGUCUCGAAUGUCACGCGUUAUGCCACCCAAAAUGCUCCCCGUGCCUUCCGGCCACGUGUGGCAUGUCCAGCGACUGCUCCCUGCAUCUGUCUGAGGGCCUGUGUCGAGACAAAGGCAGCUCCCCGGGACAACAGCUCAAAGAGGCCAGCGGACACAUGCACCUGGAGGGCUGGAUGAAGCAGCCCAGGAAUGGGAAGCGAGGCCAGGGCUGGGAGAGAAAAUACAUGAUCCUGGACGGGACUAAGGUGUCCAUCUACGAGAUAGAGCCCAGAGAAGAAUCAGUGAAGCCACUGGAAGAGUUUGACCUGUGUUUGUCAGAUGGAGAGGUGGUUGUUCAUGGAGCAGUGGGGGCAUCGGAACUGCCCAACACCGCCAAGUCAGAUGUUCCCUACGUCCUGAAGCUGGAGUCCCGUUGUCACGCCCCCUGUUGGCCUGGACAGUUAAUUUACUUCAUGGCUCCCAGUUUCCCAGACAAACAGCGCUGGGUGGCUGUCAUGGAGUCUGUGGUGGCCGGGGGGCGAGCCUCACGGGAGAAGGCCGAGGCCGACGCAGCUGCUGUGUCCAAAAGACAAAUGGUUCUGUCUCCUCUGGUUCAGAAGCUGCUAGGAAACUCUCUCCUAAAGCUGGAGGGAGAUGACAGGCUGGACAUUAACUGCACCCUCCCCCUCACAGAUCAGAUAGUUAUGGUGGGCUCGGAAGAGGGUCUGUAUGCCCUGAACGUUAUCAAGAACUCUCUAACUCACGUCCCUGGCCUGGGAUCAGUCUUUCAGAUCCACAUCAUCAAAGAGCAAGAGAAACUUCUGAUGAUCGUUGGCGACGAGAGGGCGUUGUGUCUGGUGGAGAUUAAGAGAGUGAAGCAGUCUCUGGCCCAGUCCCACCUGCCCACCCAGUCUGAACUGGCUCCCUACAUCUUUGAGACGGUGAAGGGCUGCCAUCUGUUUGCUGCAGGGAGAAUCGACAACGGGCCUUGUAUAUGCGCUGCUAUGCCUAACAAGAUUACCAUACUGCGCUACAACGACAAUCUCAACAAAUACUGCAUUCGUAAGGAGAUAGAAACUCUGGAGCCCUGCAGCUGCAUCCAUCUGACCAGCUACAGCAUCAUCAUCGGCACCAACAAGUUCUACGAGAUCGAGAUGAAGCAGUUUGUGCUCGAGGAGUUCCUGGACAAGAACGACGUGUCUCUCGCCUCCGCUGUGUUUGCGGCCUCUUCCCACAGUUUCCCCAUCGCCAUCAUGCAGGUGGCCAGCAGUAUGCAGAAGGAGGAAUACCUGCUGUGUUUUCACGAGUUCGGAGUGUUUGUGGACACGUACGGGCGAAGAAGCCGCACCGAGGACAUUAAGUGGAGUCGUCUGCCUCUGUCCUUUGCCUACAGAGAGCCCUACCUGUUUGUCACCUACUUCAACUCUCUGGACGUCAUUGAGGUUCAGGGACAUGCUUCUCUGGGUCCUACAGUGUUGGCUCACCUGGACAUCCCCAACCCUCGCUACCUCGGCCCAGCCAUCUCCUCCGGGGCCAUUUACUUGGCCUCCUCCUACCAGAACAAACUGCGGGUCAUCUGCUGUAAGGGAAGUCUGAUCAGAGAAACCGGAGAGCUGCAGAGGACCGGCUCCAGCAGAGGUCCCAGUAAGCGAGGCCCACCCACCUACACUGAGCACAUCACCAAGCGUUUGACCUCGGGCCCCGGCAGCCACGACGGGCUGCAUCGGGAGCCCAGCACCCCCCAUCGGUACCGGGAGGGCCGCACAGAGUUCAGACGGGACAAGUCUCCCGCCCGGCUGCUGGACAGGGAGAAGUCACCUGGCAGAGUGCUGGACAGUCGCAGGGAAAGGUCACCUGGGAGGUUCGGAGACAGCGCCCGGCUCCAUGCUGGAUCUGUCCGAACACAGCUCGCCCCCGUUAACAAGGUGUGGGAUCAGUCAUCGGUGUGA